AUGGCCGUGCCUCGCCGCUCCGUCGAGCUGCCCGUCGCCGACGACGCAGACCGGGCUCGGCUGCAGGAGCUCGGAUACAAGCAGGAGCUCAAGCGCGGCCUCUCUGUCAUCUCCAACUUUGCGUUGUCGUUCUCCAUCAUCUCCGUGAUGACGGGCGUGACGACGACGUACAACACCGGCCUGCGCUACGGCGGCCCGGCCUCCAUGACGCUGGGCUGGCUCGUCGUGGCCACGUUCAACGGCUGCGUGGCGCUGUCCAUGGCGGAGAUCUGUUCGGCGUACCCGACCUCCGGCGGUCUCUACUACUGGAGCGCCAAGCUCGCCGGCAAGGACUGGGCUCCACUCGCUUCCUGGCUCACUGGAUGGUUCAACAUCGUAGGACAGUGGGCUGCCAUCGCGAGCGUCGACUUCUCGCUGGCGCAGCUUGUCCAAGUGAUCAUCCUGCUUGGCACCGGGGGCGCCAACGGUGGCGGCUACAUGGCCUCCAAAUACGUCUUGCUGGGCAUCUACGGUUGCAUCCUAGUCCUACACGGCCUUAUCAACUGUCUCCCCAUUCAGUGGCUGUCAUGGUUUGGCCAUCUCGGAGCCUUCUGGAAUACCGCAGGUAUAUUUAUGCUAGUGAUCUUGCUUCCAGCGGUUGCUAAGGAGAGAGCGGGUGUGGAGUUCAUCUUCACCCACUUCAACAUGGACAAUGGCAUGGGAAUCCAAGGCAAGGCUUAUGUUUUAGCUGUGGGGAUGGUGGUGAGCCAGUACUCCCUCCUCGGCUACGAUACAUCUGCUCACAUGUCAGAGGAAACGAAGGAGGCUGACCGGAGUGGCUCGAUAGGGAUCGUAGCUUCUGUUGCUCUGGCAUCCAUGUUUGGAUGGAUUUAUUUGGUGGCCUUGGCAUCGCUAACGAUAGACAUUCCCUAUCUUUUGAGCCCUAGCAACGAUGCCGGUGGGUACGCUGUCGCUCAGGCUCUUUACACCACCUUCCACAGAAGGUACAACAGCGGUGUUGGGGCUCUCGCCUCCCUAGCCAUCAUCGCAUUUGCCAUCUUCCUCUGCGGCAUUACAUGUGUAACCGCCAACUCAAGGAUGGGGUACGCCUUCUCCAGGGACGGGGCGAUGCCAUUCUCCCGCAUAUGGUACCAGCUUAACAAGAAAGAGGUGCCCAUCAAUGUCGUCUGGCUUUCAGUGGUCAUCGCGUUCAUCAUGUCCCUAACGUCGCUGGGCAGCCAGGUGGCAUUCCAGGCUAUGGUGUCCAUCACGACAAUCGGUUUGUACAUGGCCUACGCAUUGCCCAUCUUCUUUCGUGUAACAACGGCUCGGAAGUCGUUCACUCCAGGUCCAUUUCACUUGGGAAAGUUUGGAAAUGUCAUCGGAUGGGUUGCCGUUGCCUGGGUGGCCCUUGUCACCGUGCUCUUCUGCCUGCCGGUGGCGUAUCCCGUUGGCGAGGACAACUUCAACUACACGCCGGUCGCUGUUGGGGGCGUGCUAUUCCUCAGCGUCGGCACGUGGUUGCUCCAUGCCCGGUUCUGGUUCAAAGGGCCCAUCGUCAAUGUCGACGCCUAA